ACACGCGGCACAGAGAGAGAGAGAGAGAGAUUCAUUUCAGAGAUUCACCAUUACAAACUUCUCCGUCUCUACUUCUUCUUCUUCGUUGGCUUCUUCCGUGUCUCCCACCACUCGCGGAGCUUUCGACGCCGAGAAUUCCAACUUCCAUUCCGUUCGUCUCGCCCCCACCACCGUCGCCAGCGGAACUGACCGGGAUUCUUCAAAUCACGGCUUCGGUCAUGGAGUCCCUCUCCCCGGUGUCCCCUCCCAUCGUCCUCCCUCCGAGCAACUCGCUCCGGCUCCGGCGGCCGCGGCGGCUGGCCGCCUCCCCCGCGGCACACGGCGGCGGCGGCCGCGGCGGCCUCCGUCCCCGCCGCGCCCCGCGCUUCCCCCUCCCGCACCCUCCGGAGCCCUGCCGGAGGAGGUUCGCGGAGUUCUGCUGCGGAUCGCGCGGGAGCGUGGGAGGAGAGGAAGACGACGGGAGCGAUGAGGUGGAGAGGGCGAUGCGGCUGGACGGGAACAUUCCGGGGACUUCCGACGAGUUCGUGAAGAGAGUGUCUUCUCGCGCCUACGACAUGCGCAGGCACCUCCACCAGUCCUUCGAGACCAGCAGCUAUGAUGUAUUGGAGGCAAAUCCAUGGAGAGACACUUCAAAGCCUGUAUAUGUAUUGACUCAUGGUGAAAACCAACUGUGCACGAUGAAGACACGAAGAGAUCGCAGUGAAGUUGAGAAAGAGCUUGGAUUACUGUUCUCCAAAGCUGGAAAAUGGAGUCCCAGUUCUGGAAGUCAGUCUAAGCAGUCAAGGAGUGGGACAAAGUUCCAGAUGCUUGUUGAGGAUAUCCGGGAUGGAGUUCUUGUCUUUGAAGAUGAGACUGAAGCUGCAAAAUAUUGCGACUUAUUGCAGGGAAGAGGUCAAGGUUGUGAAGGUGUUGCGGAGAUAGAGGCCUCAUCGGUGUUUGAUCUAUGCCGUAAGAUGAGGGCUCUUGCAGUUUUGUUUCGUAGGGGAAGAACACCACCUCUACCCCAAAGCCUUGAGCAAAACUUGAGGGCCAGGAAGCGGUCCCUCGAAGACUAAGAAGGCUUGGCUUGAUGCUACAUAUGCUCCAACAUCAUCUGAAAAGAUCACAAAUCAUUGUCUAUUGAAGGAAGUUAUCCAGUGGUUUUAAAGCUAACUGUAUCUACCAGUUUACUGCAACGCUCUUGUAGCGUAUAUUUGGUAAGCAUAGGCUGUUCACCGUCUCCAUUUUCAACGCUCCCACAUGGGUGGCUUGACAAGUUGACAGGAAUAUGUCGGAGAUAUUGACCUCAAUCGCUUUCAAGCAUAGUACACUGUUCAAUGCAAGGGCCAAAAUAACGAACGCCUGAUUGUCUUGAAAGUGUUAAAAUUGUCUAUUAUUUAGUGUGAAAAAUGAAAAUCAGAGAACCGGGGGUUGAUUCUGUGGGCAA